AAGCGGGAAAUCAUUUAGUGGUGUUAACGUAGUCACGUGACCAGAAAAAAGAAAAAGGAACAACAAAUUUUUGAGCCAAAAUUAAAAAGACAGGCUGUUGAAUAAAGAAUGUCUGGAAUUGCCCUAGCUAGACUUGCAGAGGAGAGAAAGGCAUGGAGAAAAGACCAUCCUUUUGGCUUUGUGGCCAAACCAACAAAAAAUCCUGAUGGCUCUCUGAAUCUUCUGAAUUGGGAAUGUUUCCUACCAGGCAAAAAAGGGACAAACUGGGAGGGUGGUCUUUAUAAAAUCAGAAUGCUGUUUAAAGAAGAUUACCCCAGUUCACCACCUAAAUGUAAAUUUGAGCCUCCUUUAUUUCAUCCAAAUGUUUAUCCAUCUGGUACAGUGUGUUUAUCAUUGUUAGAUGAGGAAAAGGACUGGAGACCCGCUGUCACAAUAAAACAGAUCUUAUUAGGUAUACAAGAAUUGCUGAAUGAACCCAACAUCAAGGACCCUGCACAGGCUGAGGCUUACACUAUUUACUGUAAAAACAGAGAGGAGUAUAACAGAAGAAUAAAAGAGCAGGCAUUACUCAACAAGGAUCCAUCCUAAUAGAAUCUUCACUUUAGUCAAAACCGAACAGAAUACGACAACAGGAUCCGGACACAAGCUAUAAAAUACAGAGACCCUAAUGUAUAGGUUGUUUGGUUUAAUCAUCCAUGUGUGAAAAUAGGAAGAGUGUUUCAUCUGACAGAAAAGUGCUCCAGUUUGCAUUAUAAAUGUAGCUAAAAAAAGUUACUAAAAACCUAGAUUAUUCAAUUUAAAGAACAUUAUAUGCUAUAGAACUUUAACAUACUACCUUUGUAUGUAAUAUUUUGCAACUCAGAAAUUGAUAUUUUCUUAAAGAGAUUUGAAUGUUGUUUUUUUUACAUGGAAAAUGAAAUCUGUUGGAAAUUAUGUUUAUUUUAUUUAGGAAAAGGAUCAAAGCUAUGCACAUAGUAUGUGUAUUUUUAAAAAUCUUUUUGUUAUAGAAAAGAAAACCAUAGUAUCUUAGUGCAUUGUCAGGCAUUGUAUUUAUCUGUUGUUAGUGUUUCUUUACACUCCCAUCCCAAAGAAAUUUAAUACAUGUAGAAAAAUCAGUGAAGAAAUAUGAAGUGCUUAUCAAAUGAGAGAUGCAUUUAUACAUAACAUUUCCUGAGCUUCUGUGGGAGAAAGGGGAAUUUUGGUGUAAAUUAUAUUUGUAAAUAAAUGUAAUUACAAAAAACAGAA